AUGUUUCUGGUCAAGUUCUUCAAGCACAUGGCACAGGGACAGCGCUCGGAGAUCCCAUCGAAGUGCAAAGCACAUGACAUGGGGGUAGUUCCCACGGGGCAAACCGAGCAAAAAAUUCAGAGUGGGGUUGUCUUGGAGUUCUUGCAAGAGCUUUGCGGUCCCAACAGUGGAGCAAACUUUAGUAGUCACUCUCUAGCGACAUACAUAAUCGCCAAGUGCGACUACAAACCUCACACAGCAAACUUAAUUCUCAAGACCAAUCACCAGCGGGCUGUAUCUGGGAGUAAUAUCAUCUCGAGUAUUGAGCAGUAUAAUAUCGAAGAAAUGUGGACUGAUUGCAAUCAGAAAAUCAUAUCCUGUCGGCGCGAGUUGGAGCCAGAAGCUUUCUACCAAAUCAAGUAUGAGGAUCUACUUGGAAAUCCACAGUCCACUCUCUCUCAACUACAGAGGGAUAUACCCUUGCUUAUCAAAGACAUAAAACCGAUUCAUCAAGAUCCCCGUCCAAAAGGCUCCCGCGGUACCCCCGCACUUUCGCUCCUGCAUGGGGGCUUUGGGACUCCAGUCGCAGUUCAACUGAAGUCUUACGCGCCUGCUUUGUGGCCAAUAAUUACGCUUCAAGCACCAGAACUAAUACCUCCGUCGCAGACACACUUCGGUGCGAUGCGGGGACGGGCACUACACUAUGACGGCUUUCUCGAUGAGCCUCAUCUGCAAGAAGCUAUGUGGAAGCGCGCAACCACCUACGAAUUUGCCUUUGCAACAUUGCUGCUAACACCAGUCAACUUUGGCAAUGCAAUACAACUGGGAGACAUAACCACAAUUCAGGCUCUUGAACACAGUGCCAGAAGUAUUUCCCCUGAGCACAUUCUCGAGCUUUCCACUAUCCUUUCUUCCAAACAUGUCGAAGUCUUCACUCGCGAGGACUCGGUGCUGACGGUAGCGUCCACAAUAUCUCACCUUACGGUGAAACAUCUACUUCAUUGGUAUCACCCUAGACACAAAUCCUGGCAAGCGCGUAGCCAAGAUAGCGCAUGGAACGGUGGUGCAGUCAAUAUAGCGUUCAACGAGAUCGAUAGACAUAUCCUUUCAGGGUAUGGUUGUGCACUUGCGGUCAUCGACCACAAAGAAGAGUCGCAUUCGCAGUCCUACUCAAGUUUACUACUCGGAUGUCUGGCAGCUUCUUCGGCCUUGAAGAAUCGUGGUUUGGUUGCUGGAGAUCGUCUUAUUUUUAUGUUUCCCACAAAUUUGAGUGGCAUCUGUUUGAUCGAGUCUGCAAAGAGGCUGGGUAUUAUUUAUGCAUGCAUGCCUCCGAUAACUCCUGCACAGUCGCUUUCAGACUGA